UUUGACAAUAUGGCUGCAUUUCCUCUAAGAUGAAAACAUAAGUGGAAAGGAAUGCCAAAAGGAGAUAUAGGUCUCCUAUAUUUCCAAAAUUAUUAUAAUGGAGCAGGAGGAAUUCGUACCUGGCUCACAAAUUGGCCAUGAUGAUAUUUCCCUAACUGAAGGAGCUUUCAAUCCAAUGGACUUUCUCGAUGAUGUUGAUGAUGGCCUCCUCAUUCACCGAGUUGACUCCGACCAAGUUGUUUAUCAACCACAACGGCACAAAGUCAAAUUAAUAAGCAAAUAUUUAAUGGGAGAAAUUUUAGGUGAAGGGUCUUAUGGUAAAGUUAAAGAGGUUUUAGAUACUGAGACUUUAUGUAGAAGGGCAGUGAAAAUCUUAAAGCGCAGAAAGUUGCGGAAGAUACCAAACGGAGAACAGAAUGUUCAGAGAGAAAUUCAGCUGUUGAAAAGACUUCAUCAUAAAAAUGUUAUAGAGCUUAUAGAUGUCUUGUACAAUGAUGAAAAACAAAAAAUGUAUAUAAUUAUGGAGUAUUGUGCUAGUGAGCUUCAGGAGAUGCUUGAAAGUGUUCCAGAAAAAAAAUUUCCAAUCUGGCAAGCACAUGGGUAUUUUUGCCAACUUAUAGAUGGUUUAGAAUAUCUUCAUAGCCAUGGAAUCAUACACAAAGAUAUCAAACCUGGUAACUUACUUGUCACAAAUGAUGAAACAUUGAAAAUUACUGAUCUUGGUGUUGCUGAGGCACUAGAUCUUUUUGCAAGAACAGAUGAGUGUCGAACAAGUCAAGGAUCACCAGCAUUUCAACCACCAGAAAUAGCCAAUGGUCAGAAUACGUUUGCUGGUUUCAAAGUAGAUGUUUGGUCCAGUGGAGUGACCCUAUAUAAUAUUACCACUGGAAAAUAUCCAUUUGAAGGGGACAAUAUUUACAAACUUUUUGAAAACAUUGGUAAAGGUGUUUACUCUAUACCUGAAGAAGUGUCUGAUUUGUUGGCUGAUUUACUCAAAGGAAUGCUGGCUUAUGAAUCUGAAGUGAGAUAUACAUUGCAGCAAAUUAGGCAGCAUCCGUGGUUUGUCAAACAGCAUCCUAGAGUUUUAGAGCGGGUACUGAUUCCUCCACGACAAGAUGACCCAGAGGAUGUGCUUCGCUCAAUGACAGUGAUUGGGAGCCUUAAUGCUAUGCACAUGGAGGUGUAUGAAGAAGAGCAGGAUGGAGAGGUGUUGAUGCUUUCAGAAUCUCACGUUUGCAAUGACAAUGAUAAUUUUAUUAAUCAUGCUGUUGACCAUGUAGUACCAUCUGAGAGGAGAGAGUCUGAUGUAGUAGUAGGAGACAAUGAUUCUUUACAAGCAGCGGCAGCAACAGUGCCACAGAAAAAUGGCAAGCUCAAGGGGAAAAAAGCAAACAAAAGCAAGUUUUCUGGGUGUAAACAGUCAUGACGUUUUGUUUCAACUGCCCUAGAAGUGCUGGGUUUUUAUUACCUCACUGGAGUUGUUUUUUUAAAUGCUUUUAGUCAUUCAUCUCAAAGAGUGCAUUGCCUAAAUUUUGGAAUGAAAUUUCUUUUUUUUUUUGUUGUUUUAAAAAAAAUGUUAACACUAGGUAACUGCCAUCAAACCACUGAUGCUCACAUUUGUUGACCAAAAACUUAAGAACUCUCUUAUUUUGUUUUUUUUUUUUGCUGUGAAAAUGUGCAUUUAAAAAAGUAAUUGAAUGUGUGAAAGUGUUUGUUAAGCUCCUUCCUGUUGAUUUUAUAAACUAGGCAAAUUAUUGGCUAAAAAUUUAAUUGAUUUAGGCAUUUUAAUUGCAGUCUUCUGAAACUGUUAUGUAUGUUAUUAAAAAUAAUGAUCAAAGUUGAGAAUAUUUAAAACCAAGAUUAUGUAUAUAACAUUUGAGAUUUUCUAAAAAAUUUAAUAAUGAAAUCACUAGUUGAUGGCGUGUUAUCAAACCAUAAAUAAUAUAUAUCCAUACCUUGUCUAAAAAAUGUUUACAAUAUUACCCAACUAUAUCCUGCUUUGGUAUCAACUCAUCAACAGAAUUUUUUAUCUUAAAAGUCUUAGUUUACUUUCCAGUUUUUUAAAUUAAUUGUCAAAUAUCACUGUUAGUAUUUAUUAUUUUGAUGUGGAAUUACACUCAAAAGUGCUUCCUCAUAAGAUAGUAACACAGGUCAUAUUUAUAUUAAAUUACGCCUAUAAAUGUUAAUCUUAAUCUGCCAGUGAUGUUAAUAACUUGUAGAGUGUAGAUUUGAAUCAUGUGCCAUGUGUUCAUGCUAAAGUCACAAUUCGUGCUGAAUGAAAUCUUGUUAUUGACAAAUAAUUCCCUUUUUUUCUGAUAUUCUCAUUUCCUAUUAUUUUAGCAGUAUGUUAAAUAGUGACUUCACCUGACACAGUAUUAUUGUUUUUAGUCUAUCAUGUUUUUUUUAAUCUGUAGAGACAUAAAAGAUUUUCCUAGUUUUAUAUCUUUUUCUUAUAUCUCUUUUUUUUUAGAAUAACUAAUUAAUUCUCCUAACCCUUCCACAAGUUAAUGAAGGAUUAUUUGUAGAUAUUUUAUUUGCUAAUUUAGUUUUUAAACUUUGUAGGAGACGAAGUAAUUUUAGUGAUCUUUGCAGUUGAAAUAUUGUUUCAUAUGUGAUUUAUUAUAAAGCAGUUCUUUCACAGUUGCAAGAAGUAAAGUUAGGAGUAUAAGUUUUUAAAAUUAUUACUUUUCUACAAAACAGGAAACAUAAUGUUUUAAAAAAAAAUUAAAAAGCUACCUGAAUCAGUUACCGUAGUCAUUUUUAAGUCUUGUGGCAUUUAAAAUAAUAAAGGCUAAGCUUUUUUACACCUACAAUUAAUGAUUUUUUCUAUAAGGAUUUGCUGAGCCUGAUUUUGUUUAUAAAAAGUAUUUAUCAGUCUAUAGUUACCUGUUAACCUACAUGUAAAUAUAAUUGUUAUGAUUGGGUACUAUGUUAAUAUACUUAGCCCAUUCCUUUUUAUGGCUUGUUUUAAAAAUAUAUAUAAUAAGUUUAGCUGAGAUAAGGCCAUUCAUCUGAGUAUUUUUUAGUAAAUUAUUUUUGAGAAAUGAAAAAAAAAAUCCAGUGUUAAUGUGUAAUAAUACAACUCCUAGCAGAAACCAUUCUAAUACAGUUUACUGAUUAAAACCUAAAAUUUAUUCUGCAUUUGAAAGAAAUUUGACAUUAUUUUAGUUAUAUUGGAUUUUUUUACAUAAUUAAAUAGCUAGACUAAUGAGGAUAACUAGUUAACUUAUUGUCAGUAUUGUUUGUUUUUGUUUUCUUUCUUCUCAUAAUUUUGGUGAUAUCAUCUGCUAAGAACAGAAAGGGGAACAAUAGUCAAGGAGAGAUAAGUGCCUUUCUGCUCUCAACUGAUACUUUGUAUGUAUAAAUAGUAUAUGCAAGUAGUAACUCUGGGUUGUAUCAACUACUGUUUUUUUUUCAAUGAAAAGCAUUACAAGGAACAUUUCUCUCCCCCAAUUCCUAACUUGUGACUGAGCCAGUAUGUUGUAGAUUAAGGUACUUUGGACUGAAUUUUUUUUAAAAGACUGAAUUUAAAGAAAAAUACUGAUUGUUGGUACUUAUUCAGUGGUAAAAAUAUCGUAAUGCUUUUGUCUGUGAUAUGUUUAUUAAUAUGCUCCAGCCAUUUCAAAUUUUGGCACUUUUUAUUUUGGAUAAUGUUUGUUUUGAUUAUUAUUGUGUGUUUUUGUUAUCAUAAAGCUAUGAUGUAAAUACAGUACUAUUUCAUACAUUUGUUUUUUGACAUACAAUUUUAUUUUCUUAAGUUAGCACAAAAAUAAAAAACUGUAAAGAUAAACAUGCCAUUCCAUUACAAUUUUAACUGGGAUUUCUCAUCUUCAGAACCAUCUAAAUUCAUCAAUCACUUUUUUUUGAUUAUAUCAUAUUUCAUAUGAUCAUCAUAUUUCCAUUCAUAAUGUAAUUGCUUUUAAAACCAUUUUUAACAAAAAGUACAUGUGUAUAAAAUAAAACAAAUGCUCUUAACACUUUGUAAAACUUCAUAUCAAUACAAUUACAAUAUUUUAUAAUGCCAAACUAUAUAAUAAAAUAAUUUUUAAAUGUUUAGUAUUCAGAAUAUCUGCUGUUUUUUUUGUCACUAUUUGAUUUAUUCUACAUUCAGUAACAUUUUAUUGAACAUACCAGACAAUAUGUAGAAUAAAGAGUCACAUAACUUU